CACACGGUUUUGAAUAGCAGUUAUUGUACUAUUUCUAUGGAUUUCGGACAUAACUAAUGCUUGCACCGGAUAGAGAAAUUGUCUUAUCUUCCCUUAACAUUUCCCUAGCGUUUUGUUGGUUAUCCUACACUAGUUUGUGUUAAUCAGAUCAGGGUCAAACUCAAGUUGAAGUCCAGCCAGUUAACUUUGACCUCAACUGCAGUGCCCACUGUCAGCUGCAUCAUCGCGGGGCUGGAGCCUGUUGUUUGCCCCGCGUUUCAGCUUCCUGCCUGCCGAGUGACGUGCCACCAAAAGCUUACCUACAGCUCAAGGUUACCCAACAAACCAUCCCGAUUACAUACCGACCCAAGUUGCGUAUCUGACCUACGAAAUAACUUGCGCUCCACGGUUAACAUCAUCGCGCCUUUGAAUAUGGCGUGCCAACAUAUUGGAUCUGCAAGCGUUUCCAAACCAACACCCGCAGACACGGUAUAUCGCGAAGACUGUACUCAGUGUUUUGAUUCCAUCGAUGAUCCAGCUGGGUUAGAUGUCUGCCUCAAGUGCUUCAACGGAGGCUGUGCGGGCGACCGGAACCACGCAAAGCUGCAUAGCAUCUCCCGAAAUCACCCUCUUGUCCUCAAUGUCCGCCGCACCCGCAAGAUCAUCGUGCGCGACGAGCCGCCGCUCAAGAUGUCCAAGCUCGCCAUCGCCGCCGAAACCGAAUCGGACCGCUACGACACGACGUUGACGGUCAAGUGCCUAGAGUGCGGUAUCGACGACAUCGACAAAGCCAACCCCGUGAUUGCCGCGGCGGUGGAGGCAAUCAUGGCCGCAAACACAUUUUCCCGGAAAGAGGAGGUGAAGGCGUGGGAGCAAGAGUUGACCAGUUGCGAGCACAUUCUCACGCUCCAGCAAGGCCCGCCCCGCCAGAUUGAGUCUCAGGACCUUGGCCACUGCUCCAAAUGUGACCUGAACGAGAACCUCUGGCUCUGUCUAGAAUGCGGGAACCUUGGCUGCGGCCGAGCACAAUUUGGAGGUGUGGGUGGCAACUCUCAUGCCUUGGCCCACUCGACCGAGUCCGGCCACGGCGUAGCGGUCAAGCUUGGCUCUAUUACGCCCGAAGGCACUGCCGAUGUAUACUGUUAUACGUGCGAUGAGGAGCGGAUUGAUGACGACCUUGGCACCCACCUAGCCAAUUGGGGUAUCAUCCUUUCGGAGCGGCAGAAGACCGAAAAGAGCUUGACGGAGAUGCAGAUCGAGCAGAAUCUGCGAUGGGAAUUUUCAAUGACGACCGAGGACGGCAAAGAGUUGACUCCGCUCUUUGGCCCUGGCCUGACAGGCUUGAAAAACCUGGGAAACAGCUGCUACCUAGCCAGCAUCCUCCAGUGCCUCUACGACCUGCCCUCAUUCCAAGAACGGUACGGGGGCGGCGUUUCUUCGCUCCCCGAUGUGCAAGAUCCCGCGCAAGAUCUGGAGACACAGCUACGCAAGAUUGGGGACGGCCUGCUCUCCGGUCGGUACUCGAGGCCAGACUCGGACGUGCAUGUGUCAGAACAUUCGCCCGAAGUUCCGCACCAAAAAGGUCUCCAACCCUCGAUGCUCAAGCACCUCAUUGGACGUGGACAUGCCGAGUUCUCGACAAUGCGUCAGCAAGACGCUUUUGAGCUUCUGCAGCAUCUCAUCAAGCUAAUCACACGAUCAAAGCACCCCUCCGGGCUCAACGAUCCCACACAGUCCAUGAGGUUCAUGAUGGAGCAACGCCUGCAGUGCCUCAACUGCAAGAAAGUCCGUUACAGCAGCAACGAGCAAGAUAGUAUCUUGAUCGAUGUUCCUCAUGAGAAGCUUCCAGCGGAGGAGGGUCAGGAACCCAAGUACAAACCAGUCACAUUGAAGGACUGCCUUGAUAACUUCACGGCGUCCGAGAUCGUUGAGCUCACUUGCUCGGCAUGCGGCAGCCGAGAUGGCUUCACCAAGCGACAGCUUUUCAAAACGUUCCCCGAUGUCUUGGUCAUAAAUGCACGCAAGAUGGCCGUGAUCAACUGGGUGCCAGUGAAACUAGAUGUCCCAGUCAUCGUGGAGGACGCACCCUUCGCUAUGGACGCGUAUCUCUCUCGCGGACAACAGCCAGAUGAAGAGCUUUUGCCAGAAGAAGCAACUCCAGCCGGCGGCAGUGCGCCCAGCUUUGUGCCCAAUGCAGAAGCCGCUGCGCAGCUCGAGAGCAUGGGAUUUCCCCGCGCUCGUAUCGAAAAGGCGUUGCACGCGACAGGCAACAGCGAUGCAAAUGCGGCGAUGGAGUGGCUGUUUGCUCAUAUGGAUGAUCCGGAUAUUGAUGUGCCUCUUGACCUUGGAGGCAAUGCUGCCAGUGCAAAUACGGCGGACCCAGAGAAGAUAGCGAUGCUGGAAUCUAUGGGGCUCGGCGGGCCACGCGCGGUGAAAGCCCUGAAGGAGACAAAUGGCGAUGUUGAGAGAGCGAUUGAGUGGCUGUUCAGCCAUCCCGAUGACGAGGGCGAGCCAGAUGAGGCAGACGGCGAUGCCAACGAGGCAGCGGACAAGAGGCCGGCAGUGGUUGGAAGCAGCGAGCUCCCGGCAAAGUUCCAGCUGCAGUCCAUUGUCUGCCAUAAGGGAACCAGCAUUCAUACUGGGCACUACGUUGCAUUCAUCCGCAAGAAGAUCGAUGACGAAGUAUCUUGGGUGCUCUUCAACGACGAAAAGGUGGUCAAGGUCGUCGAUGCCGAGGAGAUGAAGAAGAAUGCAUAUGUCUACUUUUUCAAGCGUGUCUAGGGUCCGUAAAAAGUGUACUUUUCGAUCCUCGGGAGGGUGGCAAGAGUCAAAGGGUGUGAAAAAUGCCGUAAAGCAAUAGAGGACGCCGGAAACACUGAGCCAUAGAGCGGGGCAUAUGAGUUACAAUGACAUGGUCUUUGCCAGCGAUUUUUCGCCCACUUGAGCACAACAUCAAACCGAAUCAUAUUGAUCCCUGAUAUAUCCGUAUCUCGGCCCGUGAAGAUCCAGCGCAGCUAGAGAUAUAAUCCGUAACGCCAUCCUGUCCCAUGCCAGCACCCCAACCAGGUAAAAACUCCCAAGCACAAUAUACACCCAUUUAUACACCCCAAAACCAAGAAAACAACUC